UGAAAUUAUUCUUUAAAAAUGGGAAGUAAAUGUUGUCGAGACGAUAAUAUACAAUAGAAAGGUUUGAGUACAGAAAUUUCAUGUAGAUGAAAUGGAAACAGCUUAGAAUCCAGAUGUAACUAUACCACCAGGUCCCGAAUAAAAAGCUUCAUUAUCCUAAUAAGGAAGCAAGAAAUCUUAAGUUGAAGAAUUGUAAGCUAAAAUAGAGAGUAAAUAAUUGGUAUAUGCGUUGGAGAGUGAAAUACAUUAAGAACAAGAAUAAAAGCCAGCAGCCUCUUUGAUUUAAGAAUAAUAAUCAAAGGUUUCAGAGAUUGUAUAAUCUUAAAAAAUGACUAACGAAUAGAGUAAUCAAUCAUUUAUAGAAAUAGUUAAAAAUGAAGUUUAGAGUAAAAGUUAAACAGGUAAUUGUGCUGGAUCAGUGGCAAAAAAAAUAAAAUUAGGCGUUGAUACUUUUGUUAAAUUAAAAGAAGGCUCAAUUGGGUCACAUUAUAAUUUUGGAAAAGUUUUAGGGCAAGGAGCUUUUGGUAAAGUUUGGAAAGUAACUCAUAAAACAACUGGUCUUAUUCGUGCAAUCAAAUAAAUUAAAAAGAAUUCUAUAAUCAAAGAAGAAGAAUCAAGAUUAUUUUCAGAAAUGAAUAUUUUAAAGAACUUAGAUCAUCCACAUAUAGUAAAAUUAUUUGAAUUGUUUUAAGAUGAAAAUAAUUAUUAUUUAGUGACUGAGUAAUACUUUAACUUUAAUUUAUUUUAGAUAUUUAUCAGGAGGAGAAUUAUUUGAUAGGAUUAAAAAAAUGUCAUCAUUUAGUGAAAGCAUAGCUGCAGAUUACAUUAGAUAAAUUCUUUUAGCAACUGUACAUUGUCAUGAAUAAAAAAUUGUACAUAGAGAUUUAAAACCAGAAAAUAUUAUAUUUAUAAGUGAAGAUCCACAAUCUUAACUUAAAGUUAUAGAUUUUGGAACAUCAAGAAAGUUUGACAAUUAAAAAGUUAUGAGUAAAAGAUUAGGAACAGUAUUUUAUUUAAAAUUUAUAUAAGCCUUAUUAUAUAGCACCUGAGGUUUUAGGUCAUUCUUAUACUGAAAAAUGUGAUAUUUGGUCUUGUGGUGUUAUUCUAUAUAUUUUAUUAUGUGGUUAUCCACCAUUUGUUGGAAAAACUGAAAAUCAAAUUUUAGAAAGAGUCAAAAUGGGUAAAUUCUCAUUUGAUCGUAAAAAUAUAUACAAUAGCUUUUUAUAGCUGAGGAUUGGGAUUCUAUUUCUAAAGAAGCCAAAGAAUUUAUAACUAAAUUAUUGAGAAUGGAUCCUAAUAAAAGAUUAUCAGCCAAAUAAGCUUUAGAAGAUCCUUGGUUAGUUAAAUAUGCUCCUUCAACUUAAGUUAAUAGAAAAGUCUUAGAUAAUAUUCGUUAAUUUUAAGUAAUUAUUAUUUCUAAUUAAUCAUUAGGCAUAAACCGUAUUAAAAUAAGCGUUGAUGUCUUAUAUGAUAACAUAAAUGUCUACAUAAAAAGAAAUUUAAGAAUUGUAAAAAGAAUUUCAAAGAUUAGAUAUAAAUAAUGAUGGAUUUUUAUCAAAAGAAGAAUUUCUUAAAGGCUAUAUAUAGAUUUAAAAUGAUCUUAAAUUAGCUGAAGAAGAAGUUGAAAAAAUUUUAGAAAUGAUUGAUAUUAAUCGAUCAGGAAAGAUAGAUUUUUCUGAAUUUUGUAUGGCAGCUAUGAAUUAAGAAAAAUUACUAUCAGUUUAGAGAGUUGAGUAAGCUUUUAAAAUAUUUGAUUAAGUAUUUAUAUCCUUAUUUAUUUAGAAUGGGGAUGGCUUUAUUUCUAAAAAAGAAUUAGAAGCUAUUAUGGGUGAUUUAGGUGAUGAUGUUUGGAAUUAAAUCUUAAGUGAUUGUGAUAAUAAUGGAGAUGGAUAGAUAUCAUAUGAAGAAUUUGUAAAAAUGCUUAAGAAUAAAAAACUUUGA